CACAUAUCUUUCUUUGGGUAACAAAGCAAAGAAGAAACAAUGGCAUCUUACAUUGCUACUGCUUCCUUUGCUUUGUCCACCAUUUUCACAGCACUUGUGUUAUGUCAAUCGCAAGCUCAACUCAACUCUACAUUUUAUGCCACCACUUGCCCCAACGUGUCCAGCAUCGUCCGCACUGUUCUCCAGCAGGCUCUCCAAUCCGACCCCCGAAUUGGUGCCAGCCUCAUUCGCCUCCAUUUCCAUGAUUGCUUUGUCAAUGGAUGUGACGCUUCGCUUUUGCUAGACAACAGUGCGAACAUACAGAGCGAGAAAAAUGCUGCUCCUAACACAAAUUCCACACGAGGUUUUAAUGUUGUUGACAACAUGAAAACUGCUCUUGAAAACUCUUGUCCUGGUGUUGUUUCCUGUGCUGACAUUCUCGCCCUUGCUGCCGAAGCUGCUGUUUCCUUGGCUGGAGGACCUUCAUGGAGUGUGCUACUAGGGAGAAGGGACAGUUUGACCGCGAACCAGGCAGGAGCUAAUACCUCCAUUCCUUCACCUUUUGAAAGCUUGAGCAAUAUCACUGCCAAGUUUACUGCAGUUGGACUAAAUACUAAUGAUCUCGUGGCAUUAUCUGGUGCACAUACCUUUGGAAGGGCACAGUGUCGAUUAUUCAGCAGCAGACUUUACAACUUCAGUGGCACAGGCAACCCUGACCCAACACUAAAUUCAACAUACCUGACUACCCUUCAACAAAUAUGUCCACAAAAUGGGAGUGGAUUCAAUGUUGCAAAUCUUGAUCCUACAACUCCUGACGGAUUCGACAACAAUUACUUCAGCAACCUUCAGAACAACCAAGGCCUGCUACAAUCAGAUCAAGAGCUGUUCUCCACGAGUGGUGCUGCCACCAUCUCCAUUGUCAACACCUUCAGCAGUAACCAGACUGCUUUCUUCCAAAGCUUUGUUCAGUCAAUGAUUAAUAUGGGGAAUAUCAGUCCAUUAACAGGGAGCAGUGGAGAAAUCAGGACAGAUUGUAAGAAGGUUAAUGGCAGUUAAUUAAGGUUUGGAGGCUCAAAUUCUUGAUGCUUGGAAAGUCAAAACUAUAUUGCAAAUAAUUGGAGCCAAUCAUAUUAUAUAAUACACGGUUAAGAUCUGUUUGGAAGUGGUUGGUCAAUGAUGAUUUUUAAUAUGCUUGAUUUAAUUAUAGUUCAUAGAACAAAUAGUGAGAAAGAACAAUGUUUGUGUGUUCUAUAUUUUAUUUUGAUGUAACAAAUUAUUGGUGUAAUUGGAGUUUUCACUAAUUAAGCCCAUAAAAAAAUUUGUGUGCC